UUUCACUUUAUACGUGUAUGUAUGGACAUUACGUGUGCGACGUCGCAUAUCUCUUAUUGUAGUUCUUAAAAGAACUCAGAAUGUCGGCGGUAUCUACAAUAGUGGUAGGAACAGUUACCUGUGUAACAUUGAUUACCGUUUACUACGUUCAUUACAAACAGAGUUACGACAGGGACCAAAUUCAUGUUGGUGUAAUUCGAGAUAUCGAACGGCAGGAACGCCGAAAAGCAGAAAACGUGCGUCUUCUUCAAGAACAGGCUGGAUUAACCGAUAAAUUACGCCACAAGUAGUAGCCUAAAACGGAGAAGAAUGUACUAGAAUUAUUGUAACUUUUACGGAUUCGUUUUAGUUAAAUAAAGCAUGGUGUUUACGAUGUUUUAA